GCGAGAAUCGCGUCUAUCGAGAAAUAGUCUUCCUCCAUUAUUGUUCAGAAAGAGGUAAUAGCGGCCCGUGCGGGGGAUGGUGGCAAGAGACACGCGCGACUCAAUAGACGCGUGGGGACGCGAUGUGUGACGCGAAGCUGGCGGAAGGCGGGCCGUGUGACGCUUCGUGUUUUCCUCGCCGCCGUCAUCGACUAUGCUUGCUUGUCUUCGCCGAGCAGGAUAUACCGCCCUCCGUCAACGCCCGCGCACCCGCAUCGUCGCCCCCUCUGCAUUCCCUCGCUAUGCGCGCCUCUAUUCCGACCAGCCGGACCCCCUCGCGUCGCUCAAGCAGGGCUUCGCGCGCGAGCUCGGGCUCGUCCCAGAGCCAGAGUACGACGGCAUCCCGCCCAAGCACAAGUUCCCGGGCAUGACGCGCAAGCAGCUCGAGGAGUUCUGGCGGCACAAGGUCGAGAACCUGCCCGACCGCGGGCCGGACGAGAACUACACCUUUGACGACCUGAAGCAGCUCGACCUCCUCGAGGAGGACGUCGAGACGAUCCGGAACAUGCCCGAGGACAUGCCCCCCGAGCAGCUCGACGACUUCCUGCGGCAGGCAAUCGAGGGCGCGCUCAUGCGGGACAUCGAGGAGCUGUUUGGCGACGUGGAGCCGCUGAACAAGCUCCGGGCGGAGGCGGAUAAGCUCGCGCCGGAGCAGCAGGAAGAGCUGUACGGGUGGGUGAGCGAGGAGCUGCAGAAGAAGCUGGCGGGGAUGGACCCGGAGACGCAGGCGCUGAUCAACGCGAACGCGGCGCGGCAGCUGCAGUGGGGGGAGGUCACCGAGGCGGCGAGCAGGGACCCCGGCAUUCAGGCGGCAUUGGAGGAGUUCUGGGCGGUAGCGCGUGAGGUGACAGGUGUCAAGGAAGAGGACACCGUCGGAGGCCGCUUCAACCCCACGCCCGAGCAGACGAUGCGCAUGCUCGCCAACUCGGCGAUCGACGACGCGAUGAACAAGGUCAUGGACGCGUUCAAGGACCAGGGCGUCGACCUCCCCUCGAACAUGGUGAUGUCUCAGGCGAUGCGGGAGGCGGUGGAGGAGGUGCGGCAGGAGGAGGGGGAGGGGGAUGGCCAGGAGGAGCGGCCCGGGGACGCGCCGUCAUCGACGGACAACCCGGGGGACGCGCAGCCGGGCGGGAAGGUGCCCUCGCCGUAGACGGCGACAUCUCGCCAUCACGUGGGCGCGUCCGAUCGCGUCUCCUUCUUGCUUCCUUCUCUCAUCUCAUCUCACUGUCAACUAAUACGGGCUACAAAUACAUCUUGCUUAAUGAACCUCGACGUCUCGAACACUCGCGAACCGUCGACAG